CUUCGCUCAUGGAGGUUCAAAUCCUACUCCUCAACUUCAGUAAUCAGAAAUGUUUGAAGUAUUAAACUUGAAUGUUGUAAUUUAUUAUUUAUCUUUACAUGGUGCCGUUAUUGCAGGUAAUAAAAUAUUCCAUGCACCCCUCGAUUCAAAAAGUGAAAUGAUGUUGCACUGGAUUUUGGACUAUCCCACCAAAAGUAUAGUAUUUGAGAUACACUUACCUCGUUUAGAUCUUCAAUGGUUUGCUAUAGGUUUCUCCGAUAGAGGGAAUUAUUUUCCAGCAGAUUAUUGUGUACUGAGUGCUGGGUGGAAUCGACUGAAUUUUGAGGAUACAUGGGCUGAUGAGGAUGGUAAUCUUCAUUUGGAUAAUACACAAAACUGCAAUAAUUUUCAGCAUAAAAAUAGUAGAAGCACUACGAAGUUCACAUUCACUAGGAAGUUUGAUACUUGCGAUGAACAUGAUUAUAUAAUUGAGGAAGGAACAACUCACAUUGUAUGGCUGAGAGGUAGAGGUCCAUUACCUAGUGUAGAAGGUUUCAACCUCCGUAACAUCUCGAAGCAGAAUGAAGGAAUGAUAAGAGUCAGCCUACUCAAGAAUAUCAACGUGUCAGAACUGCCCCCUUAUGUUAUGCAUUACGAUGUUGUGGUUGAUAAAGUAAGGGUUCCAGCUGAAGAGACAACCUAUUGGUGCAGCGUCCGCAAAUUACCCACUAGAUUCAAGAAAAAACAUCAUAUCUAUCAGUUUGAAUCACACAUACAAAAGAGCAGCGAAGGGGUUGUACAUCACAUGGAAGUUUUUCAUUGUUUCGCUCCAGCAAAUGUGGAAAUCCCACUUUACGACGGCUCUUGUUUCGCUUCUGAACGACCACCAGAAACUAAUGUGUGCAAAAGAGUAUUGGCUGCAUGGGCAAUGGGGGCAGGUCCUUUCACAUACCCAGAGGAAGCCAGUUUACCAUUUGGAGGAUCAGAUUUCAACCAAUAUAUUAUGUUGGAAAUUCAUUAUAAUAAUCCGGAAUUAAUAUCAGGCUUAGUAGACAGCUCUGGAAUAAGAUUAUAUGUGUCCGAUGUCCUCAAGGAUAUGGAUGCUGGAAUAAUGGAACUGGGUUUAGAAUAUACAGAUAAAAUGGCCAUACCUCCGAAGUUGAAUCAAUUUCCCUUAUUUGGUUAUUGUGUGAGCGAAUGUACAGCAGUGGGACUUCCUCAAAGAGGAAUUACCAUUUUUGGAUCCCAGCUGCAUACUCACUUGACAGGAGCGAAAAUUGCUACGAGACAUUUCAGAAAUGGACGUGAACUUCCACUUUUGAACUACGACAAUCACUAUUCUACGCAUUUCCAAGAAAUAAGAAGACUCAAAUCACCUGUGACAGUGCUUCCGGGUGACGCUCUGAUAACAAGGUGUGAUUACAAUACUGAAGAGAGGGAUAAUAUUACAUUGGGAGGCUUCGCUAUAAGUGACGAGAUGUGUGUAAAUUAUAUUCAUUAUUUUCCGGCAACUUCUUUGGAGGUCUGCAAAAGUUCCAUUUCUGAUCAAGCACUUCAGACAUACUUUCGUUAUAUGAAUGAGUGGGAAGGACAACCAACUUCAUCUUCGCUAGGAAUUUCGGACAACUACAAAGCCAUAAAAUGGAAUAAGAUGCGCAUACAACUCCUACUGGAAGUAUAUGGAGAAUCACCAUUGAGUAUGCAGUGCAACAUGUCAUCAGGAGAUAGAUUUCCAGGAUACUGGGAGAACACUCCUAUAACUUCUAUUCUUAAUCCUUUACCACCAACCCCUAGGGACUGUACAAAUUUGUAAGAUGUUGAUGAUGCAAUAAAUGAUGAAAUUUAA